AUGGUAUCAGGGAAGUUUUCCCGAAGGAAGUACCUGUCUGUCUACAUCUCAGUGCCAGCUGCGGUGUGGCACGGAGAGAGCUCCGGCCCUGAGAGCUGCCCGCUGGCCCGGCUUCUGGCCGAGCUCGGCGGCUCGGUUCGCCGCGACCUGCGCCAGGUGCGGCUGCAGGUGCAGCCCGCCUACUCGGCCGCCGGCCUCCCGGCGUGGGAGGCCUACCUGCGCGCCUUCCACGGCGCGGUGGCCCAGCGCCUCCAGGAGCUCGCGCGCGACGCCCGGGGCUGCGAGCAGCUCUACGUCCUGCUGGACUGGACCGCCAAUGUCUACGGCAGUCCUGACUUCCUCGGUGCCCCGGACCUGACUCUGUCCACGGAGCCGCUGCCCCCACUCCUGGCACCCAGUGUGUGGGCGCGCCUGGAGAGCGACUACACCAGCUUCCUAGAGACCAAGAUCACAAGCUGCUUCGACAGCAUCCUGCAGCUGGAACAGAGCCGCUGGGUGGCCGCUGAGGCCCCCGAUGUGCUCCAGGGCCUCUACCACACGCCUCUGUCCAUCGACAUCCACAUGCUCGUGGCUGAGCAUGUGAAGGCGGCUGGUGCCAUCUCUGCAGAACUGGAGGCCACCACGCUGCGCAUCUGCGUGCGGGCACUCGGCCUCUUUCUGCCCAGGUUUGAAAAGGCUUUUCUACAGUCGGAGGCGGUGAGCGAACCUCAUCUGGGCGCCAGCAUCAACGCCUGCGAGGAGCUCAGGACCAGUCUUCUGGCCAGGUUCCCAGGAACCUUUGAAGAGCUGGAGAAACCUCUAGUGGCUGCCGUCUGUGUCUUCCAAAAGCGGCUGCUCCAAGGCUUGCAGUAUGAUGUGCAACCGCUUUUCAGGGUCCUGUGUACCAAGGCCUGGCUGACACACGACGUGCUGCAGCCCCUCAUGGACAAAGUGGUGGCCUUCGCCCAUCACCUGGAGCACGUGGCCCCACUGCGGGCACAGGAGACGCUGCAGGAGGCACACCGAUACGUGGUCCGUGAAUACCUGGCACAGGUGCUGAGGCCUCGUGAGCGGUUCCGCGGUGUCGAUCGCGUGACUGGCUCCCAGAAGAUGGGCCUCGACGCCCAGGCCAUUGGCAACACCUUCCAGGGCUUGGGCUCAGAGGCCACGUGGCUGGGCCAGGCUAUCCCAUGCGUCGCUGACAUUCUCGGCGAGACUUACAAGGACGACAUCGGGCGGCACCUGGAGACACUCAUCGGGAGCUACCCAGACAUCAGGUCUCACGAGGCCUUGCGGAGAGCCUGGAGUAUCUCGUUGGCCAUCCUGUUGUCCGGGCCAAGGGAGGGAAGACUGAGGCCUGAGGGAUGGAGCCACGUGUCUGAAAAUACAGAUGUGAGUGACGCAGCUCCCCAGGGGCCAGGUGGUCUUCGCGCCCAAGCCCCCAUCAUCAUGCCUGCCUUCUCCAAAACCCAGAAGCUCGCAGCUUCCGGUGCCCUGUCGGAUGAGGGGGAGUUCUCAGCGCCCAGGCCCUGA